AUGGCUUGGUUUCUGUGUCUGUGUGCAUUUUUGGCUCUGGCUUUGCUAGCAGUGCACUUAAAACUCAGAUUGUCCAUGCAUGGCCCCCAGGAGCCCCCCCACCUUCCUACACUACCCCUGAUCGGCAGUUUGAUGAGCCUGCGAAGCCAACAACCUCCUCAUGUGCUUUUCCAAGGACUUCAAGGGAAAUAUGGACAGACGUACUCUCUAAAGAUGGGCUCCCAGAGUGUCAUUGUUGUCAACCAGCACAGACACGCUAGAGAAGUCCUGUUGAAGAAGGGAAAGACAUUUGCAGGGAGACCCAGAACUGUGACCACUGAUGUUCUGACCAGAGAUGGGAAAGAUAUUGCGUUUGGAGACUACAGUGCUACUUGGAGGUUCCACAGGAAAAUAGUCCACGGAGCUCUCUGCAUGUUUGGAGAGGGCUCUGCAUCCAUUGAGAAGAUCAUCUCUGCAGAGGCCCAGUCUUUGUGUUCUGUCCUGUCUGAGGCAGCAGCUGCUGGACUAGCUCUGGAUCUGUCUCCUGAACUGACUCGUGCUGUCACGAACGUCAUCUGUUCGCUCUGCUUCAACUCCUCCUACCACCGUGGAGACCCAGAAUUUGAGGCAAUGCUGGACUACAGCCAGGGCAUUGUUGACACUGUGGCAAAGGACAGCCUAGUUGACAUCUUCCCGUGGUUACAGAUGUUUCCCAAUGCAGACCUGUGCCUUCUAAAGCAGUGCGUUUCAAUCCGAGACAAACUUCUACAGAAGAAAUAUGAUGAACAUAAAGCAGAUUACAGUGACCAUGUGCAAAGAGACCUACUGGACGCUCUGCUGAGAGCCAAACGCAGCGCUGAGAACAACAACACAGCAGAGGUCAGUGCAGAAUCUGUGGGCCUCAGUGAAGACCACCUCCUCAUGACUGUGGGUGACAUCUUUGGAGCCGGAGUGGAAACCACAACCACCGUACUCAAAUGGGCUGUCACCUACCUCAUCCAUCACCCACAAGUGCAGAGACGUAUCCAGGAGGAGCUGGACAGUAAUGUGGGAUGGGGGCGGUCACCCCAGCUCAGUGACAGAGGCAGUCUACCAUACCUGGAGGCCACCAUAAGGGAGGUGUUACGCAUCCGCCCUGUGGCCCCUCUUCUCAUCCCCCAUGUGGCCCUCAGUGACACUAGCAUUGGGGACUUCACUGUGAGGAAAGGAACUCGAGUCAUCAUCAACCUGUGGUCUCUGCACCAUGAUGAGAAGGAAUGGAAAAACCCUGAGCUCUUUGACCCUGGUCGAUUCUUAAACAAUGAAGGCACAAGUCUGAUCAUUCCGUCGUCCAGCUACCUCCCAUUUGGUGCAGGGGUCAGAGUCUGUCUGGGCGAGGCCUUGGCCAAGAUGGAGCUCUUCCUCUUCCUGUCUUGGAUCCUACGGCACUUCACCCUCUCUGUCCCAUCAGGCCACUCUCUGCCCAGUCUGGAAGGCAAGUUUGGUGUGGUCCUCCAGCCAGCCAAGUUUAAGGUGAACGCCACACCUAGAGCAGGGUCGGAGAGAAACAAGAGCCAGGCAUAUUAA